AUGUCGGAACAGAAUCAGUCUUUCAUUCUCCGUGCCAUCAAGGACGUUGCCAUUGGCAAUAUAUCUAAGCCCCAGAUUACAGAUCCACACGAUAUCAUUGUGCAAAUAGGGCAAACCGGUAUCUGUGGAUCAGAUGUUCAUUAUUGGCAAAGAGGACGAAUUGGUGAUUUUGUCUUGAAUAGUCCUAUCGUUCUCGGCCACGAAAGUGCUGGGGUGGUUACUGAGGUAGGCUCAUCGGUCAAGAACCUCAAGAUUGGAGACAAAGUCGCCAUCGAGCCUGGUGUACCAUGCAGACACUACACCGUUUUUGCGGCUACUCCACCUCACAACGGCACACUUUCGAAGUUUUACAAGACUGCUUCGGACUAUUGCUACAAACUACCAGAUCACCUGACACUCGAAGACGGGGCGCUAUGUGAACCUGUGGCUGUAGCAGUCCAGAUCUGCAAAGUUGGUAACGUCAAAGCCGGACAGACGAUAGUCGUGUUUGGGUGUGGUCCAAUAGGUCUACUGGUGCAAAGUGUUGCAAAGUCCUAUGCCGCUAAGAAGGUCAUAGGCAUUGACCUCAGCCAGUCACGCCUUGACCUAGCUUCCUCGGUCCUCAAUUCAGCAGACGGCGUAUUUAUGCCACCACCAAUGCCCAAGAAGGAAGACGGCACGUCCCACACAACCGACGAAGAAAGUGAACACAGCGCCAAAGUCGCACAGCUCAUCAAGGACAAAUUUGACCUCGGCCAAGGUCCGGAAGUUGUCAUUGACGCCACAGGUGCCCAGUCAUGCAUCCAAACUGGUGUGCAUCUGUGCAAGAAAGGCGGCACGUACGUCCAAGCAGGUAUGGGCAGAGAGAAUGUGGUCUUUCCGAUUACGGUGGCCUGUAUUCGUGAUCUUACGAUCAGAGGCUCAAUUAGGUAUACUGCUGGGGUCUACCCUCAGGCCGUGGACCUUGUCGCUAGUGGGAAGGUGCAGCCCCAGAAGCUCAUCACGCACAGGUAUAAGUUUGAGGAAGCUGAGCAGGCUUUCGAGACGGUUAGGAGAGGGGGCGAGGAUGUGUUGAAGGUCAUGAUUGAGGGCGUACAAUGA